UUUUAUUGGUUUUCUUUAAAGGUCCCUUUUUGUUCUUUAUCGAUACUUAACUGUAUCCGUUUUAUAACCAAAAACAGAAACCAUGGCGGUUACAAAGGAGGCUAUUGUUAUCAUUCUAGAUGUAGGCUUGCCUAUGCAUGAAAUCACAGAAAAUGGUUCAAUUCUGGAAAAUGCCAAAAGUUGUGUUAAUAUGAUCAUUCAAAGAAAAAUAUUCUCUGAAUCCAAAGAUGAAUUAGCACUUGUACUGUUUGGUACAUCAGAAACUAGCAAUGUUUUAGCAGAUCAAGGGGAUCCUGAGUUUGGAAAUAUUUAUGUUGUGCAAGAUUUUAAAACUGCCAGUUGGGAGCUCUUAGAGAAAGUAAAUGAAAUUCAAGGUUGUGAGGCUUCAUCUGACUAUAUGAAAGAAAGUGUGUUGGUGCUUGCAAUUCAUAUGCUUCAAAACACAGACAAAAGCAAAAAAUUUUUCUCUAGGAGAAUACUAUUUCUAUCUCGUUUUGACAUUCCUUUUUACACCAAUAAAAUCCAGAAAAUAUGUGAAGACUUAAAAACAUCCAAAAUUGAUCUGAAUAUUAUAGGACCAGUUUCAUACUCUGAAGAAGAAAUAAGCAAUGGUGCUUGCUUGCAAGCAUAUUCUAAUACUACUGAUGUUACUGAUGUAUCUGGAAGUACUAUUCGAAGUAUAUUAAAAGAAGUGAAUGGUGAAUCAUAUUCUUUUGAAGAAGCAAUUCCUGCUUUAAUUUACUAUCAAAAAAAGAAAGUGCAGGCCUUGCCAUGGAAUGCCAAUUUGGAUAUUGGAACAAAUUUAACUAUACCAAUUAGUGCUUAUAUAAAGGUAAAUGAAAGCAAACCUAAAUCUUGGAAGAAUGCAUAUGCUCGAAAAUUAAAUGCAAAAUUAGAACGAAAUACUACAUAUUUGAUGAAUGAUGAUGAAGUAUAUAAUCCUAUUAUUUUGACAAAUGAGAAUAUAAUUCCAGCCUUUAAAUAUGGAACAACUCUUGUUCCAUUUACUGAAGAAGAUAAAAUGAAUAUGGAUUAUCAAUCAGGAGAUAAAGGAAUGAAAGUUCUGGGUUUUACAAAAGCUGAGAAUGUACACAGGUAUCAUUAUAUAGGUGAUAAAUCAAUGUAUGUUUUUGGUCAGAAAAAUCGAGAACUGGCUGGUGUAAUUUUGGCGCCGUUUAUUCAUGCCUUAUAUGAAACAAAAAUGGUUGCUAUAGUUCGAUAUGUUUACUCACCUAAGUCGGCUCCAAAGAUAGGAUUUUUGUCACCAAAAAUUAAACCAAAUUAUGAAUGCCUUGUGUUUAUAGCUUUACCAUUUAUGGAAGACCUUCGGCAUUAUGUCUUUGCACCUUUAGAUUCUGAUCCAAAAAAUAUUCCUACAGAAAGCCAACUUGGUGCCAUUGAUGAACUAAUUACAUCAAUGGAUUUAAGCACUGCCACUGUCGAUGAUGAAGGUAAUUUAGGUGAAGCUCUUAAACCAAAAUAUACUGUGAAUCCAUUCCUACAAAGACUUUAUCAGUGCCUACAAUUUAGAGCAAUGUAUCCAGAAAAACCUCUUCCUGGAAUUUCUCCUCAUAUAGAAGCAAUUAUCAAUCCUCCUAGUAAACUGGUGAAGAUGGCAGAACCUUCUUUUAAUAGAAUUAAAGAAUUAUUCCCUUUAAAGCAAUAUACACAAAAAAGAUCCAGAGAAGUAGGAGCUGAUAUGUUCUUAAGCUCAGAGAGUUCUAGUAAAAAGGUAAAAUUAGAAAAUGAAGAUAUUUAUCCUGGAUUUGAGAAUGCUGUUGGAGAUAAAAUUGUCUCAGUAGGUUCUGUUAAUCCAGUUCAAGAUUUCCAAUAUUUACUAAACAGCAAAACACUCGAAUUUGCAGAAGCAAGCAAACAAAUGAUCGAUGUUGUGUACAAAUUCUUGAAAACUGAUUCAAAUCUGAAGCACUACCAUACAAAAAUCUUAUCCAUAUGUAAAGAACUUAGAGAUACUUCUUUCAAGAGAAAUGAUGCAGCUCAAUACAAUGUGUUUAUGAAAAAUCUCAAAAAGGAGCUUUUGUCUCGAGACCCUGAAUUGUGGAAUAAGUUUAUAAAAGAUAAAAUAGGCCUUCUUACAAAAGAAGAGGUGAAAUUUAGUGUAGUAUCUCCUACAGAAGCUGAAAGCUUUUUAUCUGCACAUUCCCUAAAUGAUGUGAAACCCUCAUAUAAAUCUCCUGAUAUGUAUGAAGAAGAGGAAGAUGAUUAUGAUUUGUUGGAUCAGUUGUAAUUGCUGAAGGAAUCUAGUUGUUCAUCAUGCCAUCAAAUUGUUAUAGAAAUCAAUUUUAUAAUGUAAACUAAUUCAUUCACAAAUUAGAUUUUUAUUGUAUCUCUUUGUACAGUCGUUAUUUUAAUUUGUAUUUU